AAAAGAACGAAAGUGGAAAAAAAUGUAAAAAGAAAAAAAAAGCAAGAAAAAAAGAAGGAAGCAGGGAAAUAAAUGAAGAAGAAAAAAGCGGAAGAAAAAGAAAAUACACAGAGGAAAAGAAAAUUAAAG